GUUAAAAAAAAAAAUAGCAGAGUGAAAGAAGAAGCCUAAGUACAAAAAUAUAUAAGAGAAAGUCAAGGGAAUCAAAGAUCCUCAGUGAAGAGAGUAUUUUAAUGUGGAGUGUUAAAUAAAAGACCAAAGUGUUUAUAGGAGGCUGCUGAAGAUGGGAGGCGCGGUGAGUGCGGGAGAAGAUAACGAUGAAUUGAUCGAUAACCUGAAGGAGGCCCAGUACAUCAGGACAGAGCUGGUGGAACAGGCAUUCCGAGCCAUUGAUCGAGCAGAUUACUACCUGGAAGAGUUCAAAGACAAUGCCUACAAGGACUUGGCAUGGAAGCAUGGAAAUAUUCAUCUCUCAGCACCGUGCAUUUACUCAGAGGUGAUGGAAGCUUUGGACCUGCAGCCAGGGCUGUCGUUUCUGAACCUUGGCAGUGGCACUGGUUAUCUGAGUUCCAUGGUUGGACUCAUCCUGGGUCCUUUUGGGGUUAACCAUGGUGUGGAGCUUCACUCUGAUGUGAUUGAGUACGCCAAGCAGAAAUUGGACUUUUUCAUUAAAACAAGCGACAGCUUUGACAGGUUUGAAUUUUGUGAGCCAUCCUUUGUCAUUGGCAAUUGUUUAGAGAUUUCUCCAGACUGCACUCAGUAUGACCGUGUCUACUGUGGUGCUGGAGUCCAGAAGGAGCACGAGGACUACAUGAAGAGCCUCUUGAAAGUUGGGGGAAUUCUUGUCAUGCCUCUAGAAGAGAAGUUGACUAAGAUAACUCGAGUUGGUCCUUCUGCCUGGGAGACAAAGAAGAUUCUUGCUGUUUCUUUUGCUCCUUUGAUUCAGCCAAACCACUCGGAUUCAGGAAAAUCAAGGCUCGUUCACUUGCCCCCCGUGGCCGUCCGCAGCCUGCAGGACCUGGCUCGCAUCGCCAUCCGAGGCACCAUCAAGAAGAUCAUCCACCAGGAGGCCAUGAGCAAGGCUGGCAGCGGGCUGAAGAACCCGCCCCGGUUCAAGCGCAGGCGGCUGCGGCGCCGGCGCAUGGAGACCAUCGUCUUCCUGGACAAGGAGGUGUUCGCCAGCCGCAUCUCCAGCCCCUCGGACGACAACAACAACAGCGAGGACAUGGACGAGGAGAGGCCGGACGAGGAGGAAAGCAAACCCUCUGAACUCAAGCCAGACCCUCCCGUAAACUUUCUGAGAGAGAAGGUCUUGAGCCUGCCGCUGCCCGACCCCUUGAAGUAUUACUUGCUUUAUUACAGGGAAAAGUAGUUUUCCUGCUUCUAGGAAGUGGGAAGUAGGCAGAGAAUAAAGUAUUCCUUAGGGCUUGACAAACGUGUCCCACUUGCUUGCCUACGACUGUGACACCCGAGGCAGUAGGCUGGCUGGGGAAUGUGGCUGCUGUAAACUUUGACAUUAUAGCUUUUUUGAGUUCCUUCUUUCCUCUCAGUUGUGUGCUAUAGUUUUAUCCUACAGCAGGGAUUCCUUAGGAAGCAAGUUGGUGAAAUGCUCAGCUGCUUAUGGAAAGGAGGGUUUAAUUCUUUCAAAACUAACUGCAGGAGAUGUUUCUAAAAAUCUCAUGGCUGUUCUACCAAAUAUCAGUUGGGAAAAACUCCUAAGCAGUUCCCCAAAGAGCUUUUCUCUCUGUGCUCUCUCCCACUAAACCUGCUAUGUAUUUGUCGUGGUGUGUGUUUAGUGGAGGAUCAAGAUUAUUAGUUAAAACCUGACCUGGUAAAUCAUGUUUCUUCCAGUAAUCUGAAAAGCACAACUUUUACAGAAAGGAAAGAAUUUUUGGCAUUACCCUUGUGGCAUCCAGGUUUUGAAUGAGAAGGAAAGCAUCAGCUUCCCUUUAUUGGUCCGUUUUGCUUAUAAAUUAUAUAUAAUUUUCCAGUAAAAUAUGUUUCACCAAAUACUGUGUUUUCUAAUGGAAAACACCAGUCCUAGAAAACGAGUUACUGGGUUUUUGUGGUUCUUUUAAAGCGAUGGAGGCAAGUGAGGAAUUGCAAAGCUGUUUGACAGGAUGCAGGGGUAGUCAGGGUUGGGACUGUUGUCUCUGGAAAUGUUUACAGAGUAAUUCUGAGUGGGGAAGAGGGUAGAGAAGAGCUGCAGAGCAGUGAGUUUGUGCAAGCUGAAAGCAGUAUCCGUGGGUUUUGCUGUUGUGUGAGGUAACUCACAUCUUCUGGGCUGAGCAGAGAGAGGUGCUGAGCACCAGCCUGAGAAGUAAAUCAGCCAGAGAUUUGUGGAGGGUCUGCAGAACCUGACAGCAGUCUAGAGAGCCAAACUGAUGCCGUUCUCAGGAGUUCCUGUGUGUGUGCCCCUGCUCUGGCAAGGUGGCCAGAACUUGUUCACGUGUGCUCCACAGUGGAGUGAAGCUGCUCAGCUUGGUAGGUGAUUUUAUUAUGCAGCAAUGAAGUAGAAAUCUUAACAGGUUCUGAUGCAAGAACUUGUCAUUCUGCAGUUCUGUGGACGUGAGGUGUAAUUUUUAUUCCCAAAUCUCUCUGUCAUGGUGAUCAAGUAGAUGCCAUGGAAUCAUAGGAUCACAGAAUGGUUUGGGCUGGAAGGGGCCUUAAAGACCAUCUUGUUCCAACCCCCAUAUUCACUAGUCCAGGUUGCUCCCAGUCCCAUCCAGCCUGGCUUUGAGCAGUUCCAGGAAUGGGGCAUCCACAAUGUCUGUGGAUGAUAAAAUACUGUGUUUAGAAGAGGUUUACUUGGUUCAGCCUGUUCGGAAAAUGUACUUAAACGGGUAAAGGCUGGAAAGAAACCCUGGAGUUUGUGUUGGUGUGAAAUAGUCCUAAAACUAGGGGGCAUGAAAAGCUCUCUCUCAGCAGGUAAUGAAGCUGUGUUAAGGCAUUGCCCCAUCAGAAGCACUUAAGUUGGUAUCACUUUGAUGUCUUCUGGUUUUUUCAAUGUGUGCUGUCUCCUCAUUUUCUGAGGAGAAAUGAGCGAAGACUGUAUUGCCAAAUGGUCCUGAGUUGCACAACUUGCUUCAUGAAAAAUAGUUUCAAAGUUCUGUGUGGCUUUGAAAAUAAAUGAAUAACUUGUAUGUCUUAGCCUGAAGUGGAGAACUUCUCCUUGCUUAACAGGAUUUUUGUGUCUCUUUGGGAAUAUUGUCUGAUAAUCCUGUAUCAUGUGGCUGCCAGCAUGUAGCACAGUGAUAGUCUGGCUUCUGCCUCUGGUUUCCUGUCUCCACUUCUGGUCCCAGUGGUACCCAAGUUAUCUUGCUCCCUUGGAUUUUGAUUUCUCUAUUUGCUGUGUGGCAGCUCUGUGGCCCCUGAGCUGAUGGUUUACUGUAAAGGUGCACGUCCCCAUCACUGGAUUCUGGCAACCCCCAUGAAUUUCUUUCUACAAAUGCAAGUCCUGAAUGUGGUAGGAAAUAGAGGGUUAAUAGAAUCUGUGUGUAAUUAUUCUCAGUGCUUCCCUACAGGCUGUGGCUCACUAUUUGUUGGAAAAUUCUGCUUAAUGGGUGUCAUGCCAGGUAUGUGCCUUUCUGGAUUGUGGCACAAUUUCCAUGCCCCUCCAUAGUCCAGGGUGCCUCCUGCUUUUGGCUACCAGGUCAUCCUUCAGUUUAAUCACAACACUUUUACAGAAGUUCCCUGAAAAAUUACAUUAAACUUUAAGUUCCUGUUAGUAAUCCUUGCAGAGGCUCUAUUAAAGCUGACCAGUUGAGGGAGGAUUAUCUUUCAUUUAUCCUUUGUUUGGUUUUUAUCCCCAUCCCAGCUCCAGUUGUAAGAGGUAUUUUAUCAGAUUUUUUCACCAGAUUUGCCUUUUUUAUUACAUUUGCUAGAUUUUUGUAGCGUUCUAUAAGAUGCAUAAAUACUGCUAUUUUUUCCUGCAUAAGGUUGAAUAAAUAAAUAAAUAUAUAUAUAUACAGGAAAUUUAUGUUCCAUGUUGUCAGAUUGCCCCCUUGUCCAAAAAACCCCACAGAUCUAAACAGAUCUAAACAGAUAGUAGGAAUUUUAUGAAUAAUACAGCUGUGAAAUAGUAUUGCCUAAAGCCUGUAAAUAAAGGGGAAUUGUAAAUACAUUUUCCCUGUGCACAAGCACUUGCACUGUAGUUUUUAGGCAUUUCUAGCAGAGGGAUUGAGGCAGAGGUGCAUUUGUAUGGAUCUGUGAGCUGUCCAGGAAUUGUACCUGCUUUGUUUCCUUUUGUGUUCUCAGUAGUUGUCACUUUUUUUUUUUGCAGCAAAUUGGCAAAAAGAACUGAACUUCAAGCUGCUUUAGUCAUGAAUAUGUAAGCUGAAAAUUUCUUUAUAGGAACUAGAGUUCAAUUGGCCUAAGGCAUGCAGAAGUGUUUUGCAAUUUAAACUUUAUUAAUAUGUGUUUCUGUAUCAAUAAAUUCAGUAAAGACUUUUUAGCCUUCUUUAAAUGGCUUUGAAUCAUGUUGUGAUUAGAAUAUUUUGUAGGUGAGUGCUUAUUUCCAUAAUUGGAGGUCAAGACACAAAAACAGCAGAAAAAAUUCUUAACAGUAUGGUGCAGGUGCAUGGUUUUAGAUGAACUCUUCAGAAUGUGACCUCUCAAACCUGCCCAGAUGAUGAGUUCCAAACCUUGAAGUGAUGCAGUUGUGCAGGAUGAAUUUUGGGAUCAGCACACACAGGACUGAUCUAGAUUUAAUGUGUCAGAGUCGCUAAAGAGUGAACUCGGUUCUCUGGCUGUUUGACCUGUAAACAACAGAUAUCAAAAGGUGUUUUCAUCCAUUUCUGUACUUUUGAGUUGCCUAAACCAAAUGUCAGGAGUUGGUUCUGUGCAUUCUGAACUGCAGCUCCCCUCUUGUCCCCAGGGCUCUGUCUGAGCCUUUAAUUGGUGUGGAGUUUUAAGAGCUGGUGUUCAAGGCUUUAAUUUCUCCAGUAUUGAGAACAAUAUUUUGGUUUCAGCUGCGGUAGGAAUCUGAUCAUAAUAGCAAAUACAGCUGCUGCUAAUUAAAUGAAUCUGUUAACCUUUAUUCCAUAGGAUAAUUGCCUGUCUGUGUGUUUCUUCCUGUCAUCUGUGUGUAUGAUAAAUGUCCUUUUCCCAGCUAUAACAGGAGAUUAGUUCAACGGUAAUGUUUUCCUUCGCGUGACGCGUGCUGAAAGAAAAUCCCUUUCUGCUUUGGAAAGCUGUGGAUGUGUCAUACUAAUGGUAUUGAGGAAAUUAAAUUUGUCAGAUAAUGUUUAUGUUCACUUCAUUGUAAAAUAAAGAACAUCACAGUUCCCUGGGGUGUAGAGGGGGCCGGUCCCCUGAGGGAAAUCUUUCUGCUGAAUAAAAAGGUACAGAAGGGAGAGUUAAAAAAAAAAAAGGGUGAAGGGGAAAAAACCCCACCUGAGGGAACCCCCCAGCUUUUUGCUUUCUACAGGUGUGAAAAGCCUGUGCAGCAGAGGCUGGAAAUGCUGGAGGAUGGCACACAAGGGUUGACAUCAUUCCUGGUGUUCAGGAGACAAGUUCUGGUUCUUGCUCAGAGAUACUCAAAGAAUUUGUCACGUUGAUGGAAAAUAAGACAAAUUAAUGUGAGAGUAAGGGGCCUGGGAUUGCUGGUGUUCCUCAACCCUCACCAACAUCCUGUUCAUCAUGAGGGCAGAUGAGCAAGGCAGGAGCGAUGUGGUGAAGAUCUGCUUCUCAGAAAAUGUGUGGGUUUCAGAACUUGCCUUGCACUGAAAUGAUUCCCCCAUCUCUAUUAAAUUUAAAAGAUGCUGUUCCUACAAAGCAGUGGGCAAAUACCCCUGAUUCCAUUCCAGACUCUGAAAUGCAAUUCCACACAGACAGGACUCAUCCCACAGAAAUGGGACUGAGCCCUGGCCCAGCUCUCCUCUUUCUAAUACAGCUAAAAAGGGAUUUUGUUGUUUCAGAGGGUUGGUUUAGAACUCAAAAGUUUAUGCACCACAGAGGCAGAAAGCAAAAACCUCGUGUUUGCAAAGUGUGGAGAUGUGCCAGGGGAAAUGAUGGCUCCAGAAUAACUGAAGCAUGGUUUGGAGAGAGUAUUUUUGUUUAUACUCCCAGCUUUGCAGAACAGCUCCUACCAGCUGUGCUACCCUGCCCCAGCAGAGCCCAGUGUGCUUUGGAAGAAGCUGAUGUGGGAAGCACUGAGGCUGGAAGGACACACAACUUGUCAGGAAGAUUUUCACGUAAUGCAUUGCCCGAUGCAUAUGGAGGAUGUGCUUCCAAAGCGCUUAAUGCCUCAGUGGGAUUAAAAGCUGUCUGCUCAAUUCACCAGAGGAGUCUGAUUCCAGCUGCCAGUUGUUGUAUGAAGGCUGAAGAUGAUAAUUUGGCUUUUUACAAGCCAUCUUUGUGAGCAGGGUUGGCCUGCGUUGGGUUGGGUGGCCGCUAGAGGACACUCUGCCCAAAACCAUGAGUUCAGUGAACUUACUCAGAUUUCCAGGUGAUGGCAGAGCAAACAGCUGAUUCCCUGGGGACUAAGUGCAGAAAACCUGCAGUAAAACGCUCUUUUUAGCUGGACAAAAGAAUACGUUUUACCUUCCAUGGCAUUGAAUUUUAGGUGAAACCCCAAACCCAACGGUCUCCCCAAAUGCUCAAGUGACAGAGAAUCUGAGCCAGGAAGGUUUAAAUGUCUCUCUUCUCUUCUUUGCCACAUUAAUUAUUUUUUAGUGUACAGUACAAAGCAGAUGUGCAGCUUGAUGGGAAGCUUUCAUUUGACCUGCCAGGUUAUGUGGGAUGGUGCUGUGUUGGAAAUUCCUCAAGUACCUUUAUAUCCUAACAUGUGCUAAUACCUCCCUCGUGCUCAACCCAUACAUUUAGGAUCUUGUGUAGUAAUAGCUUGAAACCUGAAGAUAGCUGGUUUCACUAUAGCUUCAUUAUAAAGGUAAUUAAUUCAACUGGAAAC